AUGGACUCACACCGAAGGCGACGAUUGAGCUACGUAGUCGACAGGCUAGAAGAACACUUUGGCGCGAUGGCAAGCGACAGCAACCCCCAGCAACAAAUCACUGACACCACUUCCACCACUCCGCUGAAGCAGCCUAGUUCCAGCCAGAAGCAGCGCACCCGUGCCAAGCAGCUACUCAAAUAUAGCUGGACCGAAGUAUCCCAACGUCAGGGGAAGCAAUGGAUGGACGGCUGGGUCCAGAUAAAGCCUGAAGAAUAUGUGCACUUCACAGAACCAACCAUCAAUCCGGCACAAGCCCUAACCGGGCCCUAG